AUGGCGCCUCCAAGACCCCAGCCCGAUGCCUUCUGGACCCCAGCCCGUCGCCUUCGCUUUCCACGCCUGUCGCCUUCACUUCCCCUCCCCCGUCACCUUCACUUCCCCUCCCCCCGUCGCCUUCACUUCCCCCCACCCCGUCGCGCAACAUUCCCCCUCCCGUCGCCUUUCCCGCCCGUCGCCUUCGCUUCUCCCGCCCGUCGCCUUCCCUUCCUCUACCCAUCGCUCUCGCUUCCCCCGCCCGUCGCACUCGCUUCCCCUGCCCGUCGCACUCGCUUCCCCCGCCCGUCGCACUCGCUUCCCCGCCCGUCGCACUCGCUUCCCCGCCCGUCGCACUCGCUUCCCGGCCCGCGCUUCCCCCGCCCGUCGCUCUCGCUUCCCCCGCCCGUCGCACUCGCUUCCCCCGCCCGUCGCACUCGCUUCCCGCCAGUCGCACUCGCUUCCCCGCCCGCGCUUCCCCCGCCCGUCGCACUCGCUUCCCCCGCCCGUCGCACUCGCUUCCCGCCCGUCGCCACCACUACCCCUCCCAUUGCCGUUCACUCUCUCCAUCUCACGCUCUCCCCCUCGCUCACUCGCUUGCCCACCCGCAAUCUCUUCUCUCCUGCUCACUCCCCUCCCCCCUGCUCACUCUCUUCCCCCCUGCGCACUGCACACUCUCUUCCCACCCCCCUCACUCUCUUCCCCCCUGCGCACUGCACACUCUCUUCCCACCCCCCACACUCUCUUCUCCCCUGCGCACUGCACACUCUCUUCCCACCCCCCACACUCUCUUCUCCCCUGCGCACUGCACACUCUCUUCCCACCCCCCUCACUCUCUUCCCCCCUGCGCACUGCACACUCUCUUCCCACCCCCCUUACUCUCUUCCCCCCUACGCACUGCACACUCUCUUCCCACCCCCCUCACUCUCUUCCCGCCCGUCGCACUGCACACUCUCUUCCCACCCCCCUCACUCUCUUCCCCCCUGCGCACUGCACACUCUCUUCCCACCCCCCUUACUCUCUUCCCCCCUACGCACUGCACACUCUCUUCCCACCCCCCUCACUCUCUUCCCGCCCGUCGCACUGCACACUCUCUUCCCACCCCCCACACUCUCUUCUCCCCUGCGCACUGCACACUCUCUUCCCAACCCCCUCACUCUCUUCUCCCCCAUCCGUCUUCACUCUCUUUCCCCUUUUUUUCUCACCCCUCUGCCCCGUGCCCACCACCAUGAGUUAAUGUGA